GAACCGUUUGUUUCACUUCAUUUUUUGUUUUUAACAAAGAAAAAAAUUGUCAUCCAAUUGGUCAUCACUGUCCAUCAUUUGAUAUUAUUUCUUCUUCAAAUUUUCAUUGGAAUUGAGCAAUGCUAUAAAAGUGUUGGUAAUAGUAGUGUUAAUAAAUUCAAUUUCAUCAAUCAUGAUUCGUUACUGUUCAACGUUAUCAUUGUUAUUAUGGAUGUUACAGAUCCAAAUGUCAAUAACAUUGAUGCAUGGUGAUCAUUUUGAUGGGGCAUUAGGUCAUGGUUUGGUUCAUGGUAAUAAUAAUAAUCACCAAGAACCAAACGCUGAACCAUCAUCAAUGAUUGAAUAUUCUUCACAUUUACCAUCUUAUCUGCAUAAUGAACCUUUACAUCACUUGGGUCAUCCGGUUCCCGAACCAGAACAACAACAUCAUCCAAUGAUGAGUCAUGACAUUCAUCCUGAACCAAUGCCUUAUCAUUUGAAUGGUCUUCAAUUACGAUUUCAUCCAGAAGAUUUAGCUGUUCAUGGCUAUGAUAAUCAAAUGAAUCAUCACGAACAAUCGCCACCGCAUCAUCAUGUUCAUCAUGCAUAUCCUCAUACGAUGCACCAUUCACCGCAUCCCAUUCCAUUGCCAGAACAUUAUGAUCCAUUCUAUGGACAUCGUAAACCGGGAGAUGGAUUUGGUCCUGGUGGUCAUUUUUCAGUUAUGCCACACCAAGAAAUCAAAUAUUUUCCAGUACCGGAACCUGUUGCAGUUUAUAAACCAGUACCGGUAGAAAAACCAUAUCCAAUUCCAGUGGAUAAACCAUAUCCAGUGAAAAUUGAUCGUCCUGUCCCGGAACCAUAUGUAGCAAAAGUUGUUCAACCAAUCAUACAUAAACAGGCAAUCAUUAAAUCACAUAUAACACAUCAAACAUAUGAUAUUCCUUACCCUCAACAUCAGCAAUAUCCACAUCCAUAUAAAAAAGCAUAGAUUUAUUAUUAUUAUUUAUUUCAUUUUCAAUUUACUUUAUCAAUCUGUUUUUUUCAUUAAAAA